UGAAAAUUCACGCCAUAGGAUUUCAUCCCGGCAUGAACACAAAAAUGUUAGUAGAACCAUCUCUUUUGUCGUCAUAGUUCAUAUUUGACUCUGGAAGUUAAAAUGACUUGCCGUUGCUCCGUUUUUUGUAUGUGUUCCACUUUAGUACCUCUUUUGUUGUUGUUUCUAGACCUCAAGCAAUCUGUCGUUUUCUUUUUAAUGGCCCAACGAAAGAAGGAAACGAGCUGUUACUAGAGUUGACUAAUCGAACAAAACCUGUUGAUAACAAAGUGAAGGCUCUACCUUUUGAUCAGUUCCAGACAACUGGUGAUUGGUUGGUUCCUAGAGGGUUGCUUUACUAUUCAGCAAAGGGGUCAUGGGUAAAAGGUCUGAAUGCGUUAUUUGGUUGUGUUUAUUUAUUUUUAUUCAUCACUUAAUAAAGAUUCCGCUAUGGAAUCGAAAGCUUGUGUUUAAAACGUUUUUUCCUAUCCUAUAAAUUGAAUCAUCGCUUAUUAUAAUAUUAUAGUAUUUUUAAAGUGACCUGUCAUUAAUAAGGUUUCUGAUUGUCCUGGAACAGAUCUAACUGAUGAUGUACUUGAUAUCGUCUGUGAAGCAGUCAACAAGGCACCUGAAUCAAGAACAAUGGCAUGUGGCUUUAUUUACAUGCCAAGCCUUGGAGGAAAAUUAAGAGAAAUGACAGACGAGGACAACGCAUUUCCUUUUAAAGCAGCAGAGUAUGUGAGCUUAUUCCAAAUUUCACUUUGCAUAUCAUCUUCUAUUCUAUGAAUCACGGAUUUUGUGAUUUUAUUCACUCCCUUUUUUCGAACAGGUACCGAGUCGGCGCAGUGGUUGCCGCACAGGAUCGAAAUUCAUAUGACGUAGUUAAAGCAUGGGCCGACGGUCUCGAUCGGAAACUGUCCAAAUAUGGAAUCUUCCCACAAGGCCCCGAGGCUGAAAAAGUUCAGAAGAGACUGAAAGAGUUGAAAAUAAGAUAUGAUCCAGGAAAUGUCUUCCACCAGAACGUGCCGAAUAUUAAUCCUAAAAAGGAAUAG